AUGCACACCCUCGACCACUUGUUAUCUCAACUGAACUUGAAAACUAUCACUGGAACUCUUCAGUGCAAAUCCUGUUUAACACAAACUGACAUUCAUUUUGAUUUGCUUAAAAAGUUUGAGAAAGUGGCAAUUUACAUCAAGGAGAAAAAGUCUGAGAUGUUUCAACGUGCACCGGAUGCAUGGCUGAAACCUGUGUUUCCAGACUGCAAGAGUUGCGGUAGAAAAAACACAAUGCAACCAUUGAUUGAGAAGAAAAAAGAGAUAAAUUGGGUGUUCUUGGUGUUGGGUGAGAUGAUUGGGUGCUGCAAUGUUAGGCAUUUGAAGUAUUUCUGGAAACAUAAUGAUUUACACAUAACAGAUCAGUCAUCCCUGUUCGGGAUUAAUCACAGUGCUGCGGUAGCUUUGUUUGAACUGAAAAACGUGACACAAAGGCGACAGAGAUCACCAGGGAUGAUUGACGAUGAUGAUGAUGGAGAAAAGAGAAUAGAGUUCGCCAGAAAAGGAGAUUCGAGAUGGAGGUUCUGA